AUGAACCUCAAGCAGGCCCUGACGGCUUCGUUGCUGCUCGCCGGUAGCUCACUAUGCGCAGGAGCUAUCGUGAACAUCGAUAAGGCUCCCCAUAAAACAAUCGCUCCCAAGGUAUUCAUUGUGUCGAUGUUCGCACCCGAAGCUGAAGCCUGGUGGAAUAUUCCCGAGUUCAACCUGCUGGCCCACAACAUCAGUGUCCCCGGUCUCUCACCUCUAUUCCCAGAAGUCCACUGCACAAAAGACCACGAGAUCUGCCAGCUCAUCACCGGCGAAGGCGAAAUCAACGCCGCAACAACCACAUACUUCUUCAUCGCCGGCAUCGCCGGUGUCAGUCCCAGGACCGCCACAAUUGGAUCCGCCAUGUUCGCCCGGUACGCCGUGCAAGUCGCUCUGCAGUACGAGAUCGACAUCCGGGAGCUGAACUCCAAUGCUUCAACCGGGUAUAUCGCACAGGGAACCGACUCCCCAGGCCAAUACCCGACCAACAUCUACGGCACCGAGGUCUUCGAGCUCAACGCCGACCUGCGCACAGUAGCAGCCAACUUCGCCCGCAAGGCCAAUCUCUCGGAUUCCGCGACCGCCCAGGCGUAUCGCGCGCACUACAAGACUCCCAGUGGGAAGUACAAGGCCGGCACUUUGGCGCCUGGGGUUGUGGAAUGCGACGUCGCGACGACGGAUGUGUAUUUCAGUGGCAAUAUCCUCGGCGACACGUUCGAGAACACGACUAAGCUGUGGACGAAUGGGACGGGCGAGUAUUGCGCAACUGCUCAGGAGGAUAACGCUACCCUUGAAGCUCUGCUUCGCUCUUCAAUGCACAAGCGGACUGAUUUCUCGCGUAUCAUUGCCAUGCGCACGGGGUCGGACUUUGAUCGGCCUUAUCCUGGGGCUUCGGCUGAGUACAACCUUUUCGAGGCUGACCAGGGCGCCUUCGGGCCGGCUAUUGAGAACCUCUAUGUUGCUGGAAUCAAGGUAGUGCAGGGGAUUCUGGAUGGCUGGCAUCACACUUUUGCGCACGGUGUCCAGGCUAGCAAUUAUGUUGGUGAUAUCUUUGGGUCUUUGGGUGGUGUUCCGGACUUUGGGCCUGGACGCAAGCAGGCUCUUGUCGAAGGUGGUAAUCUGAAGAAGCAUUCUCGCGUCAAUCUAUUUCGAAAAACUUGCAAAUAG